AUCUUGUGUUCUUGUUGGAUGGAUCUGAUGGUACUAGAACUGGAUUCCCAGCUAUGCGAGACUUUGUCCAAAGAGUAGUAGAGACACUCAGUGUGGAUGACAACAAAGACCGUGUCUCAGUGGUUCAGUACAGCAGAGAUCCAGCUGUCCAGUUCUAUCUGAACACAUACCCGACAAAGGGCGAGAUCCUUGACAGUGUCAGAGGUUUGAGGCACAAAGGCGGAAGGCCCCUCAACACUGGAGCAGCUCUCCAGUACUUGAGGGAUAAUGUCUUCACGGCCUCUGCCGGAAGCAGGCGUGUGGAAGGAGUUCCACAGGUCCUAAUAUUGCUAAGUGGUGGCAAGUCUUCUGACAGUGUUGAUGUACCAGCCUCUGCUCUCAAACAGCUGGGUGUCUUGACCAUUACAAUUGGAACCGGGAGCUCUGAUAGCCUCGAACUGCAGAAGAUAUCCCACGAUCCCAGUUAUGCUCUAUCUGUGUCUGAAUUCACUGACCUUCCCAGUGUCCAACAGCAACUUAAGUCCUCCGUGGAGGCUGUGGUUAUUGGCGUCGCCCCAGAAUCACCAACUGUAUUUGUUGACACUGCCAAAAAGGAUAUCGUAUUCCUUCUGGAUGGUUCUGAUGCCACAAGGAAUGGCUUCCCUGCCAUGCGUGAUUUUGUUGAGAGAGUGGUGGAGAAACUCAAUGUGGGAGAAAACAAAGACCGUGUCUCUGUGGUCCAGUACAGCAGAGAUGCAGAGGUCCAUUUCGAUCUGAAAAGAUACAAAACACGAGAUGAUAUUCUGGAUUCGGUCAGAGGGCUGAGACACAGAGGAGGCAGACCCCUCAACACCGGGGCAGCCCUCCAAUAUGUCAGGGACAACGUCUUCACAAACUCCUCCGGGAGCAGGCGCCUCCAAGGUGUUCCACAAAUGUUGAUCCUGCUAAAUGGUGGAAGGUCUUUUGAUAAUGUAGAUACCCCAGCCUCUGCUCUAAAACAGCAGGGCAUCUAUGUUGUUGGCAUUGGAACAAGGAACUCUGAUAGUAGAGAGCUGCAGAAGAUAUCAUAUGAGCCUACUUACGCUCUAUCAGUGUCUGAAUUCACUGACCUCCCCGAUAUCCAAGAACAGCUCUCCUCUGUAAUGAGCACGGUGCUAGGGAGGGCCACGCCCAUGACACCAACAGUGACUGUGGAGAGACAGCUACCAGGAAGGGAUCUUGUGUUCUUGUUGGAUGGAUCUGAUGGUACUAGAACUGGAUUCCCAGCUAUGCGAGACUUUGUCCAAAGAGUAGUAGAGACACUCAGUGUGGAUGACAACAAAGACCGUGUCUCAGUGGUUCAGUACAGCAGAGAUCCAGCUGUCCAGUUCUAUCUGAACACAUACACCACUAAGGGCGAGAUCCUUGACACGGUCAGAGGUUUGAGGCACAAAGGCGGAAGACCCCUCAACACUGGAGCAGCUCUCCAGUACUUGAGGGAUAAUGUCUUCACGGCCUCUGCCGGAAGCAGGCGUGUGGAAGGAGUUCCACAGGUCCUAAUAUUGCUAAGUGGUGGAAGGUCUUUUGACAGUGUUGAUGUACCAGCCUCUGCUCUCAAACAGCUGGGUGUCUUGACCAUUGCGAUUGGAACCAGGGCCUCUGAUAGCAGCGAACUGCUCAAGAUAUCCCACGAUCCCAGUUAUGCUCUAUCUGUGUCUGAAUUCACUGACCUUCCCAGUGUCCAACAGCAACUUAAGUCCUCCGUGGAGGCUGUGGUUAUUGGCGUCGCCCCAGAAUCACCAACUGUAUUUGUUGACACUGCCAAAAAGGAUAUCGUAUUCCUUCUGGAUGGUUCUGAUGCCACAAGGAAUGGCUUCCCUGCCAUGCGUGAUUUUGUUGAGAGAGUGGUGGAGAAACUCAAUGUGGGAGAAAACAAAGACCGUGUCUCUGUGGUCCAGUACAGCAGAGAUGCAGAGGUCCAUUUCGAUCUGAAAAGAUACAAAACACGAGAUGAUAUUCUGGAUUCGGUCAGAGGGCUGAGACACAGAGGAGGCAGACCCCUCAACACCGGGGCAGCCCUCCAAUAUGUCAGGGACAACGUCUUCACAAACUCCUCCGGGAGCAGGCGCCUCCAAGGUGUUCCACAAAUGUUGAUCCUGCUAAAUGGUGGAAGGUCUUUUGAUAAUGUAGAUACCCCAGCCUCUGCUCUAAAACAGCAGGGCAUCUAUGUUGUUGGCAUUGGAACAAGGAACUCUGAUAGUAGAGAGCUGCAGAAGAUAUCAUAUGAGCCUACUUACGCUCUAUCAGUGUCUGAAUUCACUGACCUCCCCGAUAUCCAAGAACAGCUCUCCUCUGUAAUGAGCACGGUGCUAGGGAGGGCCACGCCCAUGACACCAACAGUGACUGUGGAGAGACAGCUACCAGGAAGGGAUCUUGUGUUCUUGUUGGAUGGAUCUGAUGGUACUAGAACUGGAUUCCCAGCUAUGCGAGACUUUGUCCAAAGAGUAGUAGAGACACUCAGUGUGGAUGACAACAAAGACCGUGUCUCAGUGGUUCAGUACAGCAGAGAUCCAGCUGUCCAGUUCUAUCUGAACACAUACACCACUAAGGGCGAGAUCCUUGACACGGUCAGAGGUUUGAGGCACAAAGGCGGAAGACCCCUCAACACUGGAGCAGCUCUCCAGUACUUGAGGGAUAAUGUCUUCACGGCCUCUGCCGGAAGCAGGCGUGUGGAAGGAGUUCCACAGGUCCUAAUAUUGCUAAGUGGUGGAAGGUCUUUUGACAGUGUUGAUGUACCAGCCUCUGCUCUCAAACAGCUGGGUGUCUUGACCAUUGCGAUUGGAACCAGGGCCUCUGAUAGCAGCGAACUGCUCAAGAUAUCCCACGAUCCCAGUUAUGCUCUAUCGGUGUCUGAAUUUACGGACCUCCCCAAUAUCCAACAACAGCUGUCCUCUGUAAUGAGCACAGUGCAAAGGAGGGCCACGCCCUUGACACCAACAGUGACUGUGGAGAGACAGCUACCAGGAAGGGAUCUUGUGUUCUUGUUGGAUGGAUCUGAUGGUACUAGAACUGGAUUCCCAGCUAUGCGAGACUUUGUCCAAAGAGUAGUAGAGACACUCAGUGUGGAUGACAACAAAGACCGUGUCUCAGUGGUUCAGUACAGCAGAGAGCCAGCUGUCCAGUUCUAUCUGAACACAUACCCGACAAAGGGCGAGAUCCUUGACAGUGUCAGAGGUUUGAGGCACAAAGGUGGAAGACCCCUCAACACUGGAGCAGCUCUCCAGUACUUGAGGGAUAAUGUCUUCACGGCCUCUGCCGGAAGCAGGCGUGUGGAAGGAGUUCCACAGGUCCUAAUAUUGCUAAGUGGUGGCAAGUCUUCUGACAGUGUUGAUGUACCAGCCUCUGCUCUCAAACAGCUGGGUGUCUUGACCAUUACAAUUGGAACCGGGAGCUCUGAUAGCAUCGAACUGCAGAAGAUAUCCCACGAUCCCAGUUAUGCUCUAUCUGUGUCUGAAUUCACUGACCUUCCCAGUGUCCAACAGCAACUUAAGUCCUCCGUGGAGGCUGUGGUUAUUGGCGUCGCCCCAGAAUCACCAACUGUAUUUGUUGACACUGCCAAAAAGGAUAUCGUAUUCCUUCUGGAUGGUUCUGAUGCCACAAGGAAUGGCUUCCCUGCCAUGCGUGAUUUUGUUGAGAGAGUGGUGGAGAAACUCAAUGUGGGAGAAAACAAAGACCGUGUCUCUGUGGUCCAGUACAGCAGAGAUGCAGAGGUCCAUUUCGAUCUGAAAAGAUACAAAACACGAGAUGAUAUUCUGGAUUCGGUCAGAGGGCUGAGACACAGAGGAGGCAGACCCCUCAACACCGGGGCAGCCCUCCAAUAUGUCAGGGACAACGUCUUCACAAACUCCUCCGGGAGCAGGCGCCUCCAAGGUGUUCCACAAAUGUUGAUCCUGCUAAAUGGUGGAAGGUCUUUUGAUAAUGUAGAUACCCCAGCCUCUGCUCUAAAACAGCAGGGCAUCUAUGUUGUUGGCAUUGGAACAAGGAACUCUGAUAGUAGAGAGCUGCAGAAGAUAUCAUAUGAGCCUACUUACGCUCUAUCAGUGUCUGAAUUCACUGACCUCCCCGAUAUCCAAGAACAGCUCUCCUCUGUAAUGAGCACGGUGCUAGGGAGGGCCACGCCCAUGACACCAACAGUGACUGUGGAGAGACAGCUACCAGGAAGGGAUCUUGUGUUCUUGUUGGAUGGAUCUGAUGGUACUAGAACUGGAUUCCCAGCUAUGCGAGACUUUGUCCAAAGAGUAGUAGAGACACUCAGUGUGGAUGACAACAAAGACCGUGUCUCAGUGGUUCAGUACAGCAGAGAUCCAGCUGUCCAGUUCUAUCUGAACACAUACACCACUAAGGGCGAGAUCCUUGACACGGUCAGAGGUUUGAGGCACAAAGGCGGAAGACCCCUCAACACUGGAGCAGCUCUCCAGUACUUGAGGGAUAAUGUCUUCACGGCCUCUGCCGGAAGCAGGCGUGUGGAAGGAGUUCCACAGGUCCUAAUAUUGCUAAGUGGUGGAAGGUCUUUUGACAGUGUUGAUGUACCAGCCUCUGCUCUCAAACAGCUGGGUGUCUUGACCAUUGCGAUUGGAACCAGGGCCUCUGAUAGCAGCGAACUGCUCAAGAUAUCCCACGAUCCCAGUUAUGCUCUAUCGGUGUCUGAAUUUACGGACCUCCCCAAUAUCCAACAACAGCUGUCCUCUGUAAUGAGCACAGUGCAAAGGAGGGCCACGCCCUUGACACCAACAGUGACUGUGGAGAGACAGCUACCAGGAAGGGAUCUUGUGUUCUUGUUGGAUGGAUCUGAUGGUACUAGAACUGGAUUCCCAGCUAUGCGAGACUUUGUCCAAAGAGUAGUAGAGACACUCAGUGUGGAUGACAACAAAGACCGUGUCUCAGUGGUUCAGUACAGCAGAGAGCCAGCUGUCCAGUUCUAUCUGAACACAUACCCGACAAAGGGCGAGAUCCUUGACAGUGUCAGAGGUUUGAGGCACAAAGGUGGAAGACCCCUCAACACUGGAGCAGCUCUCCAGUACUUGAGGGAUAAUGUCUUCACGGCCUCUGCCGGAAGCAGGCGUGUGGAAGGAGUUCCACAGGUCCUAAUAUUGCUAAGUGGUGGCAAGUCUUCUGACAGUGUUGAUGUACCAGCCUCUGCUCUCAAACAGCUGGGUGUCUUGACCAUUACAAUUGGAACCGGGAGCUCUGAUAGCAUCGAACUGCAGAAGAUAUCCCACGAUCCCAGUUAUGCUCUAUCUGUGUCUGAAUUCACUGACCUUCCCAGUGUCCAACAGCAACUUAAGUCCUCCGUGGAGGCUGUGGUUAUUGGCGUCGCCCCAGAAUCACCAACUGUAUUUGUUGACACUGCCAAAAAGGAUAUCGUAUUCCUUCUGGAUGGUUCUGAUGCCACAAGGAAUGGCUUCCCUGCCAUGCGUGAUUUUGUUGAGAGAGUGGUGGAGAAACUCAAUGUGGGAGAAAACAAAGACCGUGUCUCUGUGGUCCAGUACAGCAGAGAUGCAGAGGUCCAUUUCGAUCUGAAAAGAUACAAAACACGAGAUGAUAUUCUGGAUUCGGUCAGAGGGCUGAGACACAGAGGAGGCAGACCCCUCAACACCGGGGCAGCCCUCCAAUAUGUCAGGGACAACGUCUUCACAAACUCCUCCGGGAGCAGGCGCCUCCAAGGUGUUCCACAAAUGUUGAUCCUGCUAAAUGGUGGAAGGUCUUUUGAUAAUGUAGAUACCCCAGCCUCUGCUCUAAAACAGCAGGGCAUCUAUGUUGUUGGCAUUGGAACAAGGAACUCUGAUAGUAGAGAGCUGCAGAAGAUAUCAUAUGAGCCUACUUACGCUCUAUCAGUGUCUGAAUUCACUGACCUCCCCGAUAUCCAAGAACAGCUCUCCUCUGUAAUGAGCACGGUGCUAGGGAGGGCCACGCCCAUGACACCAACAGUGACUGUGGAGAGACAGCUACCAGGAAGGGAUCUUGUGUUCUUGUUGGAUGGAUCUGAUGGUACUAGAACUGGAUUCCCAGCUAUGCGAGACUUUGUCCAAAGAGUAGUAGAGACACUCAGUGUGGAUGACAACAAAGACCGUGUCUCAGUGGUUCAGUACAGCAGAGAUCCAGCUGUCCAGUUCUAUCUGAACACAUACACCACUAAGGGCGAGAUCCUUGACACGGUCAGAGGUUUGAGGCACAAAGGCGGAAGACCCCUCAACACUGGAGCAGCUCUCCAGUACUUGAGGGAUAAUGUCUUCACGGCCUCUGCCGGAAGCAGGCGUGUGGAAGGAGUUCCACAGGUCCUAAUAUUGCUAAGUGGUGGAAGGUCUUUUGACAGUGUUGAUGUACCAGCCUCUGCUCUCAAACAGCUGGGUGUCUUGACCAUUGCGAUUGGAACCAGGGCCUCUGAUAGCAGCGAACUGCUCAAGAUAUCCCACGAUCCCAGUUAUGCUCUAUCGGUGUCUGAAUUUACGGACCUCCCCAAUAUCCAACAACAGCUGUCCUCUGUAAUGAGCACAGUGCAAAGGAGGGCCACGCCCUUGACACCAACAGUGACUGUGGAGAGACAGCUACCAGGAAGGGAUCUUGUGUUCUUGUUGGAUGGAUCUGAUGGUACUAGAACUGGAUUCCCAGCUAUGCGAGACUUUGUCCAAAGAGUAGUAGAGACACUCAGUGUGGAUGACAACAAAGACCGUGUCUCAGUGGUUCAGUACAGCAGAGAGCCAGCUGUCCAGUUCUAUCUGAACACAUACCCGACAAAGGGCGAGAUCCUUGACAGUGUCAGAGGUUUGAGGCACAAAGGUGGAAGACCCCUCAACACUGGAGCAGCUCUCCAGUACUUGAGGGAUAAUGUCUUCACGGCCUCUGCCGGAAGCAGGCGUGUGGAAGGAGUUCCACAGGUCCUAAUAUUGCUAAGUGGUGGCAAGUCUUCUGACAGUGUUGAUGUACCAGCCUCUGCUCUCAAACAGCUGGGUGUCUUGACCAUUACAAUUGGAACCGGGAGCUCUGAUAGCAUCGAACUGCAGAAGAUAUCCCACGAUCCCAGUUAUGCUCUAUCUGUGUCUGAAUUCACUGACCUUCCCAGUGUCCAACAGCAACUUAAGUCCUCCGUGGAGGCUGUGGUUAUUGGCGUCGCCCCAGAAUCACCAACUGUAUUUGUUGACACUGCCAAAAAGGAUAUCGUAUUCCUUCUGGAUGGUUCUGAUGCCACAAGGAAUGGCUUCCCUGCCAUGCGUGAUUUUGUUGAGAGAGUGGUGGAGAAACUCAAUGUGGGAGAAAACAAAGACCGUGUCUCUGUGGUCCAGUACAGCAGAGAUGCAGAGGUCCAUUUCGAUCUGAAAAGAUACAAAACACGAGAUGAUAUUCUGGAUUCGGUCAGAGGGCUGAGACACAGAGGAGGCAGACCCCUCAACACCGGGGCAGCCCUCCAAUAUGUCAGGGACAACGUCUUCACAAACUCCUCCGGGAGCAGGCGCCUCCAAGGUGUUCCACAAAUGUUGAUCCUGCUAAAUGGUGGAAGGUCUUUUGAUAAUGUAGAUACCCCAGCCUCUGCUCUAAAACAGCAGGGCAUCUAUGUUGUUGGCAUUGGAACAAGGAACUCUGAUAGUAGAGAGCUGCAGAAGAUAUCAUAUGAGCCUACUUACGCUCUAUCAGUGUCUGAAUUCACUGACCUCCCCGAUAUCCAAGAACAGCUCUCCUCUGUAAUGAGCACGGUGCUAGGGAGGGCCACGCCCAUGACACCAACAGUGACUGUGGAGAGACAGCUACCAGGAAGGGAUCUUGUGUUCUUGUUGGAUGGAUCUGAUGGUACUAGAACUGGAUUCCCAGCUAUGCGAGACUUUGUCCAAAGAGUAGUAGAGACACUCAGUGUGGAUGACAACAAAGACCGUGUCUCAGUGGUUCAGUACAGCAGAGAUCCAGCUGUCCAGUUCUAUCUGAACACAUACACCACUAAGGGCGAGAUCCUUGACACGGUCAGAGGUUUGAGGCACAAAGGCGGAAGACCCCUCAACACUGGAGCAGCUCUCCAGUACUUGAGGGAUAAUGUCUUCACGGCCUCUGCCGGAAGCAGGCGUGUGGAAGGAGUUCCACAGGUCCUAAUAUUGCUAAGUGGUGGAAGGUCUUUUGACAGUGUUGAUGUACCAGCCUCUGCUCUCAAACAGCUGGGUGUCUUGACCAUUGCGAUUGGAACCAGGGCCUCUGAUAGCAGCGAACUGCUCAAGAUAUCCCACGAUCCCAGUUAUGCUCUAUCGGUGUCUGAAUUUACGGACCUCCCCAAUAUCCAACAACAGCUGUCCUCUGUAAUGAGCACAGUGCAAAGGAGGGCCACGCCCUUGACACCAACAGUGACUGUGGAGAGACAGCUACCAGGAAGGGAUCUUGUGUUCUUGUUGGAUGGAUCUGAUGGUACUAGAACUGGAUUCCCAGCUAUGCGAGACUUUGUCCAAAGAGUAGUAGAGACACUCAGUGUGGAUGACAACAAAGACCGUGUCUCAGUGGUUCAGUACAGCAGAGAGCCAGCUGUCCAGUUCUAUCUGAACACAUACCCGACAAAGGGCGAGAUCCUUGACAGUGUCAGAGGUUUGAGGCACAAAGGUGGAAGACCCCUCAACACUGGAGCAGCUCUCCAGUACUUGAGGGAUAAUGUCUUCACGGCCUCUGCCGGAAGCAGGCGUGUGGAAGGAGUUCCACAGGUCCUAAUAUUGCUAAGUGGUGGCAAGUCUUCUGACAGUGUUGAUGUACCAGCCUCUGCUCUCAAACAGCUGGGUGUCUUGACCAUUACAAUUGGAACCGGGAGCUCUGAUAGCAUCGAACUGCAGAAGAUAUCCCACGAUCCCAGUUAUGCUCUAUCUGUGUCUGAAUUCACUGACCUUCCCAGUGUCCAACAGCAACUUAAGUCCUCCGUGGAGGCUGUGGUUAUUGGCGUCGCCCCAGAAUCACCAACUGUAUUUGUUGACACUGCCAAAAAGGAUAUCGUAUUCCUUCUGGAUGGUUCUGAUGCCACAAGGAAUGGCUUCCCUGCCAUGCGUGAUUUUGUUGAGAGAGUGGUGGAGAAACUCAAUGUGGGAGAAAACAAAGACCGUGUCUCUGUGGUCCAGUACAGCAGAGAUGCAGAGGUCCAUUUCGAUCUGAAAAGAUACAAAACACGAGAUGAUAUUCUGGAUUCGGUCAGAGGGCUGAGACACAGAGGAGGCAGACCCCUCAACACCGGGGCAGCCCUCCAAUAUGUCAGGGACAACGUCUUCACAAACUCCUCCGGGAGCAGGCGCCUCCAAGGUGUUCCACAAAUGUUGAUCCUGCUAAAUGGUGGAAGGUCUUUUGAUAAUGUAGAUACCCCAGCCUCUGCUCUAAAACAGCAGGGCAUCUAUGUUGUUGGCAUUGGAACAAGGAACUCUGAUAGUAGAGAGCUGCAGAAGAUAUCAUAUGAGCCUACUUACGCUCUAUCAGUGUCUGAAUUCACUGACCUCCCCGAUAUCCAAGAACAGCUCUCCUCUGUAAUGAGCACGGUGCUAGGGAGGGCCACGCCCAUGACACCAACAGUGACUGUGGAGAGACAGCUACCAGGAAGGGAUCUUGUGUUCUUGUUGGAUGGAUCUGAUGGUACUAGAACUGGAUUCCCAGCUAUGCGAGACUUUGUCCAAAGAGUAGUAGAGACACUCAGUGUGGAUGACAACAAAGACCGUGUCUCAGUGGUUCAGUACAGCAGAGAUCCAGCUGUCCAGUUCUAUCUGAACACAUACACCACUAAGGGCGAGAUCCUUGACACGGUCAGAGGUUUGAGGCACAAAGGCGGAAGACCCCUCAACACUGGAGCAGCUCUCCAGUACUUGAGGGAUAAUGUCUUCACGGCCUCUGCCGGAAGCAGGCGUGUGGAAGGAGUUCCACAGGUCCUAAUAUUGCUAAGUGGUGGAAGGUCUUUUGACAGUGUUGAUGUACCAGCCUCUGCUCUCAAACAGCUGGGUGUCUUGACCAUUGCGAUUGGAACCAGGGCCUCUGAUAGCAGCGAACUGCUCAAGAUAUCCCACGAUCCCAGUUAUGCUCUAUCGGUGUCUGAAUUUACGGACCUCCCCAAUAUCCAACAACAGCUGUCCUCUGUAAUGAGCACAGUGCAAAGGAGGGCCACGCCCUUGACACCAACAGUGACUGUGGAGAGACAGCUACCAGGAAGGGAUCUUGUGUUCUUGUUGGAUGGAUCUGAUGGUACUAGAACUGGAUUCCCAGCUAUGCGAGACUUUGUCCAAAGAGUAGUAGAGACACUCAGUGUGGAUGACAACAAAGACCGUGUCUCAGUGGUUCAGUACAGCAGAGAGCCAGCUGUCCAGUUCUAUCUGAACACAUACCCGACAAAGGGCGAGAUCCUUGACAGUGUCAGAGGUUUGAGGCACAAAGGUGGAAGACCCCUCAACACUGGAGCAGCUCUCCAGUACUUGAGGGAUAAUGUCUUCACGGCCUCUGCCGGAAGCAGGCGUGUGGAAGGAGUUCCACAGGUCCUAAUAUUGCUAAGUGGUGGCAAGUCUUCUGACAGUGUUGAUGUACCAGCCUCUGCUCUCAAACAGCUGGGUGUCUUGACCAUUACAAUUGGAACCGGGAGCUCUGAUAGCAUCGAACUGCAGAAGAUAUCCCACGAUCCCAGUUAUGCUCUAUCUGUGUCUGAAUUCACUGACCUUCCCAGUGUCCAACAGCAACUUAAGUCCUCCGUGGAGGCUGUGGUUAUUGGCGUCGCCCCAGAAUCACCAACUGUAUUUGUUGACACUGCCAAAAAGGAUAUCGUAUUCCUUCUGGAUGGUUCUGAUGCCACAAGGAAUGGCUUCCCUGCCAUGCGUGAUUUUGUUGAGAGAGUGGUGGAGAAACUCAAUGUGGGAGAAAACAAAGACCGUGUCUCUGUGGUCCAGUACAGCAGAGAUGCAGAGGUCCAUUUCGAUCUGAAAAGAUACAAAACACGAGAUGAUAUUCUGGAUUCGGUCAGAGGGCUGAGACACAGAGGAGGCAGACCCCUCAACACCGGGGCAGCCCUCCAAUAUGUCAGGGACAACGUCUUCACAAACUCCUCCGGGAGCAGGCGCCUCCAAGGUGUUCCACAAAUGUUGAUCCUGCUAAAUGGUGGAAGGUCUUUUGAUAAUGUAGAUACCCCAGCCUCUGCUCUAAAACAGCAGGGCAUCUAUGUUGUUGGCAUUGGAACAAGGAACUCUGAUAGUAGAGAGCUGCAGAAGAUAUCAUAUGAGCCUACUUACGCUCUAUCAGUGUCUGAAUUCACUGACCUCCCCGAUAUCCAAGAACAGCUCUCCUCUGUAAUGAGCACGGUGCUAGGGAGGGCCACGCCCAUGACACCAACAGUGACUGUGGAGAGACAGCUACCAGGAAGGGAUCUUGUGUUCUUGUUGGAUGGAUCUGAUGGUACUAGAACUGGAUUCCCAGCUAUGCGAGACUUUGUCCAAAGAGUAGUAGAGACACUCAGUGUGGAUGACAACAAAGACCGUGUCUCAGUGGUUCAGUACAGCAGAGAUCCAGCUGUCCAGUUCUAUCUGAACACAUACACCACUAAGGGCGAGAUCCUUGACACGGUCAGAGGUUUGAGGCACAAAGGCGGAAGACCCCUCAACACUGGAGCAGCUCUCCAGUACUUGAGGGAUAAUGUCUUCACGGCCUCUGCCGGAAGCAGGCGUGUGGAAGGAGUUCCACAGGUCCUAAUAUUGCUAAGUGGUGGAAGGUCUUUUGACAGUGUUGAUGUACCAGCCUCUGCUCUCAAACAGCUGGGUGUCUUGACCAUUGCGAUUGGAACCAGGGCCUCUGAUAGCAGCGAACUGCUCAAGAUAUCCCACGAUCCCAGUUAUGCUCUAUCGGUGUCUGAAUUUACGGACCUCCCCAAUAUCCAACAACAGCUGUCCUCUGUAAUGAGCACAGUGCAAAGGAGGGCCACGCCCUUGACACCAACAGUGACUGUGGAGAGACAGCUACCAGGAAGGGAUCUUGUGUUCUUGUUGGAUGGAUCUGAUGGUACUAGAACUGGAUUCCCAGCUAUGCGAGACUUUGUCCAAAGAGUAGUAGAGACACUCAGUGUGGAUGACAACAAAGACCGUGUCUCAGUGGUUCAGUACAGCAGAGAGCCAGCUGUCCAGUUCUAUCUGAACACAUACCCGACAAAGGGCGAGAUCCUUGACAGUGUCAGAGGUUUGAGGCACAAAGGUGGAAGACCCCUCAACACUGGAGCAGCUCUCCAGUACUUGAGGGAUAAUGUCUUCACGGCCUCUGCCGGAAGCAGGCGUGUGGAAGGAGUUCCACAGGUCCUAAUAUUGCUAAGUGGUGGCAAGUCUUCUGACAGUGUUGAUGUACCAGCCUCUGCUCUCAAACAGCUGGGUGUCUUGACCAUUACAAUUGGAACCGGGAGCUCUGAUAGCAUCGAACUGCAGAAGAUAUCCCACGAUCCCAGUUAUGCUCUAUCUGUGUCUGAAUUCACUGACCUUCCCAGUGUCCAACAGCAACUUAAGUCCUCCGUGGAGGCUGUGGUUAUUGGCGUCGCCCCAGAAUCACCAACUGUAUUUGUUGACACUGCCAAAAAGGAUAUCGUAUUCCUUCUGGAUGGUUCUGAUGCCACAAGGAAUGGCUUCCCUGCCAUGCGUGAUUUUGUUGAGAGAGUGGUGGAGAAACUCAAUGUGGGAGAAAACAAAGACCGUGUCUCUGUGGUCCAGUACAGCAGAGAUGCAGAGGUCCAUUUCGAUCUGAAAAGAUACAAAACACGAGAUGAUAUUCUGGAUUCGGUCAGAGGGCUGAGACACAGAGGAGGCAGACCCCUCAACACCGGGGCAGCCCUCCAAUAUGUCAGGGACAACGUCUUCACAAACUCCUCCGGGAGCAGGCGCCUCCAAGGUGUUCCACAAAUGUUGAUCCUGCUAAAUGGUGGAAGGUCUUUUGAUAAUGUAGAUACCCCAGCCUCUGCUCUAAAACAGCAGGGCAUCUAUGUUGUUGGCAUUGGAACAAGGAACUCUGAUAGUAGAGAGCUGCAGAAGAUAUCAUAUGAGCCUACUUACGCUCUAUCAGUGUCUGAAUUCACUGACCUCCCCGAUAUCCAAGAACAGCUCUCCUCUGUAAUGAGCACGGUGCUAGGGAGGGCCACGCCCAUGACACCAACAGUGACUGUGGAGAGACAGCUACCAGGAAGGGAUCUUGUGUUCUUGUUGGAUGGAUCUGAUGGUACUAGAACUGGAUUCCCAGCUAUGCGAGACUUUGUCCAAAGAGUAGUAGAGACACUCAGUGUGGAUGACAACAAAGACCGUGUCUCAGUGGUUCAGUACAGCAGAGAUCCAGCUGUCCAGUUCUAUCUGAACACAUACACUAAGGGCGAGAUCCUUGACACGGUCAGAGGUUUGAGGCACAAAGGCGGAAGACCCCUCAACACUGGAGCAGCUCUCCAGUACUUGAGGGAUAAUGUCUUCACGGCCUCUGCCGGAAGCAGGCGUGUGGAAGGAGUUCCACAGGUCCUAAUAUUGCUAAGUGGUGGCAAGUCUUCUGACAGUGUUGAUGUACCAGCCUCUGCUCUCAAACAGCUGGGUGUCUUGACCAUUACAAUUGGAACCGGGAGCUCUGAUAGCAUCGAACUGCAGAAGAUAUCCCACGAUCCCAGUUAUGCUCUAUCUGUGUCUGAAUUCACUGACCUUCCCAGUGUCCAACAGCAACUUAAGUCCUCCGUGGAGGCUGUGGUUAUUGGCGUCGCCCCAGAAUCACCAACUGUAUUUGUUGACACUGCCAAAAAGGAUAUCGUAUUCCUUCUGGAUGGUUCUGAUGCCACAAGGAAUGGCUUCCCUGCCAUGCGUGAUUUUGUUGAGAGAGUGGUGGAGAAACUCAAUGUGGGAGAAAACAAAGACCGUGUCUCUGUGGUCCAGUACAGCAGAGAUGCAGAGGUCCAUUUCGAUCUGAAAAGAUACAAAACACGAGAUGAUAUUCUGGAUUCGGUCAGAGGGCUGAGACACAGAGGAGGCAGACCCCUCAACACCGGGGCAGCCCUCCAAUAUGUCAGGGACAACGUCUUCACAAACUCCUCCGGGAGCAGGCGCCUCCAAGGUGUUCCACAAAUGUUGAUCCUGCUAAAUGGUGGAAGGUCUUUUGAUAAUGUAGAUACCCCAGCCUCUGCUCUAAAACAGCAGGGCAUCUAUGUUGUUGGCAUUGGAACAAGGAACUCUGAUAGUAGAGAGCUGCAGAAGAUAUCAUAUGAGCCUACUUACGCUCUAUCAGUGUCUGAAUUCACUGACCUCCCCGAUAUCCAAGAACAGCUCUCCUCUGUAAUGAGCACGGUGCUAGGGAGGGCCACGCCCAUGACACCAACAGUGACUGUGGAGAGACAGCUACCAGGAAGGGAUCUUGUGUUCUUGUUGGAUGGAUCUGAUGGUACUAGAACUGGAUUCCCAGCUAUGCGAGACUUUGUCCAAAGAGUAGUAGAGACACUCAGUGUGGAUGACAACAAAGACCGUGUCUCAGUGGUUCAGUACAGCAGAGAUCCAACUGUCCAGUUCUAUCUGAACACAUACACCACUAAGGGCGAGAUCCUUGACACGGUCAGAGGUUUGAGGCACAAAGGCGGAAGACCCCUCAACACUGGAGCAGCUCUCCAGUACUUGAGGGAUAAUGUCUUCACGGCCUCUGCCGGAAGCAGGCGUGUGGAAGGAGUUCCACAGGUCCUAAUAUUGCUAAGUGGUGGAAGGUCUUUUGACAGUGUUGAUGUACCAGCCUCUGCUCUCAAACAGCUGGGUGUCUUGACCAUUGCGAUUGGAACCAGGGCCUCUGAUAGCAGCGAACUGCUCAAGAUAUCCCACGAUCCCAGUUAUGCUCUAUCUGUGUCUGAAUUUACGGACCUCCCCAAUAUCCAACAACAGCUGUCCUCUGUAAUGAGCACAGUGCAAAGGAGGGCCACGCCCUUGACACCAACAGUGACUGUGGAGAGACAGCUACCAGGAAGGGAUCUUGUGUUCUUGUUGGAUGGAUCUGAUGGUACUAGAACUGGAUUCCCAGCUAUGCGAGACUUUGUCCAAAGAGUAGUAGAGACACUCAGUGUGGAUGACAACAAAGACCGUGUCUCAGUGGUUCAGUACAGCAGAGAGCCAGCUGUCCAGUUCUAUCUGAACACAUACCCGACAAAGGGCGAGAUCCUUGACAGUGUCAGAGGUUUGAGGCACAAAGGUGGAAGACCCCUCAACACUGGAGCAGCUCUCCAGUACUUGAGGGAUAAUGUCUUCACGGCCUCUGCCGGAAGCAGGCGUGUGGAAGGAGUUCCACAGGUCCUAAUAUUGCUAAGUGGUGGCAAGUCUUCUGACAGUGUUGAUGUACCAGCCUCUGCUCUCAAACAGCUGGGUGUCUUGACCAUUACAAUUGGAACCGGGAGCUCUGAUAGCAUCGAACUGCAGAAGAUAUCCCACGAUCCCAGUUAUGCUCUAUCUGUGUCUGAAUUCACUGACCUUCCCAGUGUCCAACAGCAACUUAAGUCCUCCGUGGAGGCUGUGGUUAUUGGCGUCGCCCCAGAAUCACCAACUGUAUUUGUUGACACUGCCAAAAAGGAUAUCGUAUUCCUUCUGGAUGGUUCUGAUGCCACAAGGAAUGGCUUCCCUGCCAUGCGUGAUUUUGUUGAGAGAGUGGUGGAGAAACUCAAUGUGGGAGAAAACAAAGACCGUGUCUCUGUGGUCCAGUACAGCAGAGAUGCAGAGGUCCAUUUCGAUCUGAAAAGAUACAAAACACGAGAUGAUAUUCUGGAUUCGGUCAGAGGGCUGAGACACAGAGGAGGCAGACCCCUCAACACCGGGGCAGCCCUCCAAUAUGUCAGGGACAACGUCUUCACAAACUCCUCCGGGAGCAGGCGCCUCCAAGGUGUUCCACAAAUGUUGAUCCUGCUAAAUGGUGGAAGGUCUUUUGAUAAUGUAGAUACCCCAGCCUCUGCUCUAAAACAGCAGGGCAUCUAUGUUGUUGGCAUUGGAACAAGGAACUCUGAUAGUAGAGAGCUGCAGAAGAUAUCAUAUGAGCCUACUUACGCUCUAUCAGUGUCUGAAUUCACUGACCUCCCCGAUAUCCAAGAACAGCUCUCCUCUGUAAUGAGCACGGUGCUAGGGAGGGCCACGCCCAUGACACCAACAGUGACUGUGGAGAGACAGCUACCAGGAAGGGAUCUUGUGUUCUUGUUGGAUGGAUCUGAUGGUACUAGAACUGGAUUCCCAGCUAUGCGAGACUUUGUCCAAAGAGUAGUAGAGACACUCAGUGUGGAUGACAACAAAGACCGUGUCUCAGUGGUUCAGUACAGCAGAGAUCCAACUGUCCAGUUCUAUCUGAACACAUACACCACUAAGGGCGAGAUCCUUGACACGGUCAGAGGUUUGAGGCACAAAGGCGGAAGACCCCUCAACACUGGAGCAGCUCUCCAGUACUUGAGGGAUAAUGUCUUCACGGCCUCUGCCGGAAGCAGGCGUGUGGAAGGAGUUCCACAGGUCCUAAUAUUGCUAAGUGGUGGAAGGUCUUUUGACAGUGUUGAUGUACCAGCCUCUGCUCUCAAACAGCUGGGUGUCUUGACCAUUGCGAUUGGAACCAGGGCCUCUGAUAGCAGCGAACUGCUCAAGAUAUCCCACGAUCCCAGUUAUGCUCUAUCUGUGUCUGAAUUUACGGACCUCCCCAAUAUCCAACAACAGCUGUCCUCUGUAAUGAGCACAGUGCAAAGGAGGGCCACGCCCUUGACACCAACAGUGACUGUGGAGAGACAGCUACCAGGAAGGGAUCUUGUGUUCUUGUUGGAUGGAUCUGAUGGUACUAGAACUGGAUUCCCAGCUAUGCGAGACUUUGUCCAAAGAGUAGUAGAGACACUCAGUGUGGAUGACAACAAAGACCGUGUCUCAGUGGUUCAGUACAGCAGAGAGCCAGCUGUCCAGUUCUAUCUGAACACAUACCCGACAAAGGGCGAGAUCCUUGACACGGUCAGAGGUUUGAGGCACAAAGGUGGAAGACCCCUCAACACUGGAGCAGCUCUCCAGUACUUGAGGGAUAAUGUCUUCACGGCCUCUGCCGGAAGCAGGCGUGUGGAAGGAGUUCCACAGGUCCUAAUAUUGCUAAGUGGUGGCAAGUCUUCUGACAGUGUUGAUGUACCAGCCUCUGCUCUCAAACAGCUGGGUGUCUUGACCAUUGCAAUUGGAACCAGGGCCUCUGAUAGCAGCGAACUGCUCAAGAUAUCCCACGAUCCCAGUUAUGCUCUAUCUGUGUCUGAAUUUACGGACCUCCCCAAUAUCCAACAACAGCUGUCCUCUGUAAUGAGCACAGUGCAAAGGAGGGCCACGCCCUUGACACCAACAGUGACUGUGGAGAGACAGCUACCAGGAAGGGAUCUUGUGUUCUUGUUGGAUGGAUCUGAUGGUACUAGAACUGGAUUCCCAGCUAUGCGAGACUUUGUCCAAAGAGUAGUAGAGACACUCAGUGUGGAUGACAACAAAGACCGUGUCUCAGUGGUUCAGUACAGCAGAGAGCCAGCUGUCCAGUUCUAUCUGAACACAUACCCGACAAAGGGCGAGAUCCUUGACAGUGUCAGAGGUUUGAGGCACAAAGGUGGAAGACCCCUCAACACUGGAGCAGCUCUCCAGUACUUGAGGGAUAAUGUCUUCACGGCCUCUGCCGGAAGCAGGCGUGUGGAAGGAGUUCCACAGGUCCUAAUAUUGCUAAGUGGUGGCAAGUCUUCUGACAGUGUUGAUGUACCAGCCUCUGCUCUCAAACAGCUGGGUGUCUUGACCAUUACAAUUGGAACCGGGAGCUCUGAUAGCAUCGAACUGCAGAAGAUAUCCCACGAUCCCAGUUAUGCGCUAUCUGUGUCUGAAUUCACUGACCUUCCCAGUGUCCAACAGCAACUUAAGUCCUCCGUGGAGGCUGUGGUUAUUGGCGUGCCCCAGAAUCACCAACUGUAUUUGUUGACACUGCCAAAAAGGAUAUCGUAUUCCUUCUGGAUGGUUCUGAUGCCACAAGGAAUGGCUUCCCUGCCAUGCGUGAUUUUGUUGAGAGAGUGGUGGAGAAACUCAAUGUGGGAGAAAACAAAGACCGUGUCUCUGUGGUCCAGUACAGCAGAGAUGCAGAGGUCCAUUUCGAUCUGAAAAGAUACAAAACACGAGAUGAUAUUCU